GUAUUGUGUGAAACUACUAGACUUUGAGAAAUACCAAUUCCGAGAGCGGCAAAAACAAAAUAAAUCUGUCCUGGACAAGUUCCAUGCUACGGCGAAGAUUGAAGCCUGUUCUAAUGGCGAUUGGCUGACUGGAGAGGUCGUUGAUGUACUCGGACCUACUACUAACAGAGUGCGUGUCAAGUGCCGACUUGAGGACGGAUCUAUUGAGGAGAUACCGCUAGGCAUGGUCGUGUUGAAAUCUGGAGAAAAUGAUGACUGGGACGAUAGUGAAUGGUAUGGGGCUGAGGAGAGCUGGUAUGAUGCGCCGGCUGGGGCACAGAAGUAG